UAGUUGGUCUGAAAAGGUUUGAUAUAAAAGUUAAAAGGUGAGCGGUUCGGCCGUUGAAACGGUAUUAGAACAAUAUAGGAGCGGUGUUCAUGUACUUGGAUUCCAUUUAGUGCCUCAUAUCAACAAAAGAAGACAUUAGAUACAAAAGAAUUAAUAAUACAAAAACUAUAUAGGAUUUAAAACCAUCGAUUGUCGAGAUAUUUAAAGUAGACAAGCGAUAUAAAAGAAGAGUAUUCUGGUUCAUGCAUGCGAAUGUAAAUUGACAUCUGGCGGCAAAAUGACACAGACAUCCAGUACCAUAAGCAUUACUACAGAUGGUAACAGUUCUAUUCGUUUACAGCGGAACUUGGCAGAAAAACAUCGGCGUGAGAAACUGAAUGGAUACAUUGGCGAGCUGACAAACAUUGUGCCUAUGGUUUCCAUGGCAACAAGGCGCUUGAAUAAGACUAGUAUUUUGCGUCUCAGUGCAGCUCAUCUCAGGAUGUAUCAAAGCCUUGGAAGUAAAUCAUCGAAGCUUGCAUCAAGGUGGCAGGAAGGACUGUUAAGUGAAGCUCAUUUGAAGGAAUUAAUAGAGGCUGUUGAUGGCUUUGUGUUGGUCACCACCUCCACUGGGAAGAUAAUUUACGUUUCUCAUUCUGUAGAGAGGUUCUUAGGACACCAACAUAUAGAAAUGAUUGGCCAUACAUUACUUUCCUUCGUUCAUCCUGAUGAUGAUGAUUAUGUUCGUCAGCAGUUCCAAGAUCUGCCGGUUCGAAUGGUCCUAAGAAAUGGAAAAUUAACGUGUUUAUCGAAGAUCAGUUUUCAUUGCCGAUUAAGAGAACACAACCAGCCUCGUUCAGAGAUUUUAACUUAUCAGCUAGCUGAAAUAAAAGGACACAUUGAAGGAGAAAAUGACCUUGACUCAACAGGUAGUAACUCACAGAUAUUAUUUAAAGCCUUUGUACGAAUCAUACAUUCCAGUCCCCUGUCAGAAGUGUCUCUGCCCGAAGCAUUGCAAGAUGUUUAUAUAACACGUCAUAAAUUGGAUGGCACUAUAAUUUACACGGACCACAGAAUCUCUACAAUAACGGGUCACUUGCCACAAGAAGUUCUAGGAUAUUCUGCUUACAAGUACAUCAUGCCUGAAGACAUUCCUGUGGCUUUGUUUAAGCACAAUUUAAUGUUUGCAAAUAGUGGAGAACAGGCUGUAGUUGUGUACAGACUUCUGAGCAGAAACCAAGUCUGGGUAUACCUAAAGAGCUUUGGACAUUUGAAAUAUGAUAACUCUACUGAUCAAGUGGAUCACUUUGUGUGUGUCAAUCAUGUUUUGAAUGAAGAAGAUGGUAAACGUGAACUACAGGAAUUCACCCAACGUUACAUGCCUUGUAUCAGUGGUAAAAUAAAACCUCUUCUCUUCCAAUCCAUCCAAGCAGCACAGUCUGGUGACUACCCUCACCUACAAAAAAUACAGGAGGCUUUAUCAGCCUUGCAGACAAUAAAGUCUUGUGAUUUUGUUACAGAUGAAAAUAACACUACAUCUUUCUUAAAAUCAGAGUUACCAAACUGUGAUGAAGCACAAAAUUUCCCAGCCUUGCAUGCAGCAUUAACUAGCCCAACAUACCCUGUUCCUCCAUCUAACUUGACAGAGAAUACUCCAAAUACAACUUUCAGUAAACAGAUUUUUCAUGAAUCUUCUGUAAAGGCACAUAUUCUUGAGUGGAAUUCCAUUGAUACCAAAAAUGACACUUUGAUGCACAGAACUUCACCAUCUGAGACUUUGUCAUCCAAAUUGAACAAUUCUCAACAUUCACCAUUGUCAUUUCCUACGUGGACAACUCCACCAAUGUCAUAUCUCCAAACUAAUAGAUGUUCAGAUAUUUCAACACAGAGUGAAGAAAGUGACUAUGAAAAAUAUUCCCCACUUGAUGGGGACUUAAGUUUUUAUCCCACUGAUGUUCCUGAAGUUGAGUAUCCCUUUGAUGACAGAAGAAGCUCCAUGGCUUCUGUCUACAGUUCAGCAUCUGAACCAGAAACAUAUCAUACAAGCUCAAUCACUAGUCCAGUGGUUUUUGAUAGUCAGGCAAAUGAGUCAGUUUUGGUUCAGAGUCAGGACAGUACGUUAGUUACCUCCCUUCCAUCAGCAAAUGCCACUGUAGAAUCCAGAACUAAAGGACUACUUGGAAAUAUGACAGGGUUUCCUCUUGUGGAAAAUGUAGAUAUUGAAACAUUAUCUUCUUUGGGAUCUAAGCAGUCUUUAAGUUAUUUGGAGUCUGUAACAAGUUUACCAUCUGAAGAGCCACCUAACCAUGAUGAGGGAUGAGCUUUU